AUGAAUUCUUUAUUUUUAAAUGUUAUUUUAACAAUUGUAUUAUUACAAAUAUCAUUCUCUACAAUAGGUGUUUCUGGAUUAAAUCAAUGUAAUCCAGUUUUUCAAGAAACUUGUGUUAGAAAUGGUCAAAGUUGUGGAAUUAUAAAUGGUACAGAUUAUCAUUGUGUAGAUGAUUCUACUUGUAACUCUUAUAAUAAAUGUCAAGAUAAACGUCCAUCUGGAGGUACAUGUUUUGAAAAUAUUGAUUGUAAAGCAUGGAUGUUAUGUAUUGGAGGAACUUGUCUUGAAGCAAAUUAUGGACAAGUUGGUGAUAAUUGUACACAAGAUUGGCAAUGUCUUACCAAUUUACUUUGUGUAAGUAGAACAUGUAUAAAUACACAAUCAACUUGCGCUAAUAGUGCUCAAUGUUCAUAUGACACUUAUUGCGCAGAGGGUGGUAUCUGUCAAGACAGAAGUUUGAAUGGACAAUCUUGUGAAACAGAUUCUACAUGUCUUGAGCAUUCAAGAUGUUAUAAUGGUAAAUGCAUUGAUGUUUAUUCUAUCGGUGUAGGCGGUUCAUGUAAUUCAUCAGAUGUAUGCGAUGUAUCUAUAGGAUUAAGUUGUCAAUCUGGAUCGUGUGCCUAUGUCAAUUUAACAACUCCAUUGUCUCCUGCCACUCUUGACUGUACCACUACCAAUUGUAUUAGUCCAGAUUAUGAAAAAUGUGUUUGCACUGGCAAUCAAACCUCUGGAACUUGUUAUCCAUCCAUUCCAACUACCAAAACUCAAAUAUUAUCAUGUGGUGUGGCUCAAAAGACAUUUUAUCAAUGUCUGGUCGAUCACAAGUGUCUUUAUUCAUACACUGCCAAGACCCCUUCAUCCUGCUCUCUUUACCAUUGUGGAGAAGAGUAUUGUACACAAGGUAGUUUAUGCGAAUGGUCAUUUGACUCUAACCGAAGAGGUACUGGAUGUGGUGGAGACACUGCACUCAAUUUUAAUCAACAAACUUGUAAAUUCUUGGGUUAUGAGAUCAAUCCAUAUUACGAGGAAUCUCAAACUUCAAUUUCUUCACAUUUGAUUAUCCCAACCAUGAUAAUCUCCACCAUUAUUUUUUCAAUCAUCUUUUAA